AGUUCCAGCUAUUUUAUGUAUAAAUGCGUAGAUUACAAGUGUCAAAAAUGGCUGGAGUGGGUGAAGACGACUACAACCUCCGAGAAGUUGAAAGCUACGUGAAAAAACAUCAAAUUCAACAGGUUUUAAAAGACUGCAUAAUUCAGUUAUGUUUAAGUCGACCAGAGAAGCCACAUACUUUUCUCAAAGAGUACUUUGAAAGGUUAGAAAAGUUCACAUUUUCUCCUCAAGUUUCGAAUCAAGCUCAAAAGUAUCCUUUAAUAUGUCUGACAAUCUAUAGGCUAAUCACUAAGCAUUUAACUGCUCACUUAAAAAAAUGUAAGAUAAAUUAAUUAAAAUAUAUAUGCACCCAAGUCGCCCUAACGAUCAGGUGCAUAUGUUCGUUGUCAUGACAGCAAAAAUUCCUAUACGCCAUAAUACUUUAAGAGAAACUAGUAACUUAUCGAAGGCCUAUAAAACCAACUUAGCAUUCCUAACAUAUUAGCUUUAGUAAAGUUCAAAUGUUAGUAGAACAUAUAAAAAGCUACACCUCAUCGAAUUACGAUGGUUGUUUGCGGUUAAUGAGGUUAUAAAAUCUAGUAACAAGGAUCUAUCAUAAAAAGCAAGAUGAUUCCACUGGAUUGCUCUUUGGUUAAUUCUCUCUAAGACUUGCUCUUUUCUUUUCUGAUUUUAAUAUUGUUAGUUUAAUGGAUAUUCACAGUCUAACAUUCGAUACUGUCAGCCUUUUGAUAAUCUGGUCGAAAACUUGCUUUGAAAGAUUAAUAACUAUCAAUAAAUGAUAUUAUUCACUACACCAGUCCAUUUGAAUUAUUACCUGUCUUUAGAAGGGUUUAAAUGUAAAAAGAAAUGAAAAGAACGGAUAUAUGUGAAAACAGAUCGACAACAUAUGUAAAAAGAUAUGGAAGGAUAAAAGUAAAUAAAUGAAAUAAGUUCAAGACCAGAAGAAAGUCUGUUGUCAAAUAAAAUUUUUCUAAUGGACAUUUUGGUAAAUGUUAUUGAAGGACUUAUGGCCUAAAUUGUACUUUAUAUGCACUUAACAUCGGUUCUUAUAUAUUUCUCCAUCCAUCUAAAAAUAAAAACAAGUUUGGUGAAGGUCAGCAUUAUUUUAACAAUCUUUCACUUUCGAUAAACCGACAAUCUACUCGAGAAAAACUUGUACCAUCCAAUUAAUAUACAUCAUCUUCUUUGUCAAACGUUUUCAGUAAUGAAAAUCAUGUAAAAAAAGAUAAAUUUUUUAUUCUUCAUUUUUUACAAAAAAUAACAAUAAAUUUUGCUCAAGCCUGUUUUUAUAUCUAAGCUAACAAUCUCUUCAAAGUGUUAUGUUUUUUUCGGCCGCCAACUAUGUACAUAACUCUUUCCUUUCUCACCCAUUUUGUUUAAUUAUUUCUGCUAGGAUGAAGAGUGUCUAAUUGGGUAAAUAAGAGCUGAAACUUGUUGAAGAAAUAAAAAAAAACUUUAAAGAUUAUCUAUAAUCUCAAGUAAAAUUAAAGUAAAAAAUACUGCUACGGAACCUUUUGAUAAUUCUAUUUAUUUUGAUGACAAUAUUUCCGAUAGCUUAAAAAAGUAUAGGUAACCUUAUCAAGGAGUAAACUUAAACUUCCUAUGAAGUUAACAAAAUGUUAGAAAUUAAUGAAGUCUGACAUAUGCCUUCAACAGUUACAUUUUACUAAAAAAAUGCUUGUACAAGCGUGGUAUUCUUCGCUAAUAACUUCAUAGUUUUGUAGAAGACCACUAUACUUUUGUAAAUCAAAUACUUUUAUCUAUUAUAUCUAAUUUAUUUUUUUUUAAUGUCGAUCUAAUGGUAUAAAAGAAGUAUACGCUAAAAUUUAUCUAGUAAUUCGCCUCCUCUUGCCGAGGAACUUAGAAUGAAAUGAGUGUAAGUAAAGUAGAUUUUUUACAGGAAAUAGAUCAACCCUAUAGGGAAUUUUAACACGUUUGCACUAUUCACAACUCCUAGCAUUCCGGUUUUAUUUAACAUCAAACGCAAGAACGGAUUCUAUUAAUUUUUUAUUAUUUGGAUUAAAUUCAUAAAAUAAUUGACAUUUCAACAGGAGGAAUCGAAAAAGGAAGCUGCCCAAGGACCUACACAAACUAAAUCUGUUGCAACGGAGAGUGAUGAAGACGAUGAGCCCCCAGCUCAAAUGCCUCCUAACAAUAGAAAUAAACGCAUCAGAAGAGGAGCCGUUAGUGCAGAAGUUUAUACAGAGGAAGAUGCUGCAACGUACGUCAAAAAGGUCGUACCAAAAGAUUAUAAGACCAUGGCUCAAUUAUCAAAAGCUAUUCAGAAAAAUGUUUUGUUUGCUCAUUUAGACGACUCGGAAAGAAGUGAUAUUUUCGACGCCAUGUUCCCAGUUAAUAGGCAUGCAGGGGAAGUAAUUAUUCAACAAGGUGACGAUGGAGAUAACUUCUACAUUAUUGAUCAAGGAGAAGUGGAUAUUUUUGUUCAUGGAGAUUACGUUAGUACUAUUGGCGAAGGAGGUAGUUUUGGAGAACUAGCACUUAUCUAUGGUACGCCUAGAGCUGCAACGGUAAAAGCUAAAAACGAUGUGAAAUUGUGGGGUAUUGACAGAGAUUCCUACAGGCGUAUAUUGAUGGGAUCAACCAUUAGGAAAAGAAAAAUGUACGAUGAAUUCUUAUCAAAAGUAUCUAUUCUUGAAAGUCUUGAGAAAUGGGAGAGAAUGACAAUCGCUGAUGCGUUAGAACCUGUGCAAUUUGAGGAUGGCCAAGAGAUUGUUAGACAGGGUGAACCAGGUGAAGACUUCUAUAUCAUUACUGAAGGCCAAGCUAUAGUUCUUCAGCGUAAGUCGGACAACGAAGAGCCCAUAGAAGUUGGGAAGUUGGCGCCAAGCGAUUAUUUUGGUGAAAUUGCCCUCCUUUUGGAUAGACCCAGAGCUGCAACUGUUGUUUCAAAAGGUCAAUUAAAAUGCGUAAAAUUAGAUAGAGCUAGAUUUGAAAGAGUUCUGGGACCUUGCUCGGAUAUUCUAAAGAGAAAUAUUGGAAAGUAUAAUAGUUUCGUAAGCUUGUCUUUGUAG